ACUGGGAUAGACUAAUUACCUCACACAAACCCCAAAAAAAGAAUGAAUAAAAAAAUUAGGUUAGUUCCCAUGCAAUUUUCUUAUUUUUUAUUUUUAUUUUUAUUUUUUUUUAUGUGGGAUCCUCAUAUUAUACAAAUUUAUAUGAAAGUGAUGUCACAAAGUCCCAUAUAAUAGAUUAAUUGAGGGUUGCCUUAUGAUAUAGGUAUAACCAGGCAGUUUUUCUCUCUCUUAUAUUUUAAUUCAUAUCUUAUAAUAAUAAUGACAAUACUUUAAUAAUCAACAUAACUUUCUAAUCCAUUGGGGGAGGUCAGCAUUAAAGCAAACAGUGGUCUUUAAAUAGCAACUGAGUGCAAGGAAGAGAGCCCCCAUGAAAUAUCUCCUUGGCAAGAAGCAGAGGAGCAAUGGGAGCAAGUCAUACCACCCUUUGCUUCCUAACAUUUCUUCUCUUAGCACUUUGUCAUAGACCCACCUUUGCCAUCAAAAAGUCAUAUGUGGUGUACUUGGGAGCUCAUGCACAUGGCUCUGAGGUGUCCUCUGUUGAUUUAGAUCGAGUCACAGAGUCUCAUUAUGAUUUGUUGGGAUCAAUCUUGGGAAGCGGCAAUAAGGCGAAAGACUCCAUCUUUUACUCCUAUACAAGACACAUAAAUGGUUUUGCUGCAACACUUGAAGAUGAAGAAGCAGUCCAGAUAGCCAAGCAUCCAAAGGUAGUCUCAGUAUUCUUGAACAAAGGAAGGAAAUUACACACAACCAGGUCUUGGGACUUCCUGGGGCUUGAGAACCAUGGCAGAAUCCCUUCCGGCUCGAUUUGGAAGAAGGCCAGAUUCGGUGAAGAUACUAUCAUUGGCAAUCUUGAUACAGGCGUAUGGCCCGAAUCAAAAAGCUUUGGUGAUGAAGAAAUGGGACCAAUUCCAUCAAAGUGGAGAGGAAUAUGUCAAAAUGGUAUAGACACUGGCUUUCAUUGCAACAGGAAACUGAUUGGAGCAAGAUACUAUAACAAAGGCUAUGCUUCUGUUGUGGGCCCCCUCAACUCAUCUUUUGACUCACCACGUGAUACUGAAGGCCAUGGGAGCCACACCUUAUCAACGGCUGGAGGUAAUUUUGUAGCCGGGGCAAAUGUUUAUGGAUUGGGAAAUGGAACGGCAAAAGGUGGUUCACCGAAAGCUAGAGUGGUUGCUUACAAGGUGUGCUGGCCCCCGGCAGGAGGUAACGAAUGCUUUGAUGCAGAUAUAUUGGCAGCCUUUGAUGUAGCCAUCCACGAUGGUGUUGAUGUGCUGUCUGUAUCACUUGGAGGGGAUCCCACCCCUUUCUUCAAUGACAGUGUUGCCAUUGGUUCCUUUCAUGCUGUCAAGCAUGGCAUUGUGGUGGUUUGCUCAGCUGGCAAUUCUGGGCCUACUGAUGGUACUGUUUCCAACAAUGCACCCUGGCAGAUCACAGUCGGAGCCAGCACCAUGGAUCGUGAAUUUCCUAGUUAUGUCAUCCUUGGCAACAAGAUGCGCUUCCAGGGAGAAAGCCUUUCAACUAAAGCAUUGCCGAAGAAGUUCUUUCCAAUUAUUAGUGCUGCACAUGCCAAAGCUGCAAAUGCGUCAGCUCAAGAAGCGCUGCUCUGUAAAGCUGGGACACUUGAUCCCAAAAAAGUGAAGGGAAAGAUCUUGGUCUGCCUUCGAGGGGAUAAUGCAAGAGUUGACAAGGGCCAGCAAGCUGCUUUGGCCGGUGCUGUGGGGGUGGUUCUUGCCAAUAAUGAGCUUUCUGGAAAUGAAAUUAUUGCUGAUCCUCAUGUCAUCCCCGUUUCACAUAUCAAUUACACCAAUGGACUUACUGUCUUUAAUUAUGUUGAUUCAGCAAGGUCUCCAAUGGCUUACAUUACUCAUCCAACAACUCAAUUAAACACAAAACCAGCUCCAUUCAUGGCAGCUUUUUCAUCAAAGGGACCCAACGCCAUUACGCCAGAGAUCCUUAAGCCUGAUAUCACUGCACCAGGAGUGAGUGUCAUAGCUGCCUACACUGAAGCACAAGGACCAACAAACCAAGAUUAUGAUAAGCGUCGAGUUCCAUUCAAUUCAGUAUCAGGAACUUCAAUGUCAUGCCCUCAUGUUUCUGGCAUUGCCGGCCUUAUAAAAACCCUCCAUCCGAAUUGGAGUCCUGCAGCGAUUAGAUCAGCAAUCAUGACCAGUGCGAGAACAAGGGAUAACAUUGUGGAGCCAAUGACAAAUGCAUCCCACUUGAAGGCAACACCAUUUAGUUAUGGAGCAGGACAUGUGCAACCAAACCAUGCUAUGGAUCCUGGGUUGGUCUAUGAUUUAACUGUGAAUGAUUACCUGAACUUUCUAUGUGCUCUUGGGUACAACCAAACUCUAAUCACAGUGUUCUCGGAGGCUCCUUAUACAUGUCCCAAGCCAAUUAGUCUUGUCAACUUCAACUACCCCUCGAUCACAGUUCCUAAGCUCAAUGGUUCAAUCACUGUGACGCGAACUGUUAAGAAUGUUGGCUCUCCAGGAACUUAUAGAGCACUUAUCCGAAAAUCGGCUGGUAUAUCCAUUUUUGUCAAGCCAGAAAGCUUGAAGUUUACCAAGAUUGGUGAAGAGAAAACUUUCAAGCUUACUUUGAAAACUAAGAAAGCCAAUGCAAAUACAGAGUAUGUAUUUGGAGAGUUGAAAUGGUCAGAUGGUAAGCACUAUGUGAGGAGUCCAAUUGUGGUGAAGGCAAUCUAGAGAUUGAAUGUUUCUUGCAUUAACUUCAAUUGUUAAAUUAACAGUUGAUUUUUACCCAAUUAAAAAUUUAUUAAAUGGCCUUAUGAGUUUGUGUUC